AUGGUUCAGAUCAAAGCAGCUGCUCUGGCCGUUCUUUUUGCCAGCAAUGUGCUCGCCAAUCCCAUCGAGCCCCGCCAGGCCUCAGUGAGCAUCGAUGCCAAAUUCAAGGCGCACGGCAAGAAGUACCUGGGCACCAUUGGCGACCAGUACACCCUGAACAAGAACGCAAAGACCCCGGUCAUCAUCAAGGCGGACUUUGGCCAGCUGACUCCGGAGAACAGCAUGAAGUGGGAUGCUACUGAGCCCAGCCGGGGACAAUUCUCCUUCUCGGGGUCGGAUUACCUGGUCAACUUCGCCCAGUCCAACGGAAAGCUGAUCCGCGGCCACACUCUCGUCUGGCACUCACAGCUCCCAUCCUGGGUGCAAUCCAUCUACGAUAAGAGCACCCUAAUUCAAGUCAUGCAGAACCACAUCACCACCGUGAUGCAGCGCUACAAGGGCAAAGUCUACGCCUGGGACGUUGUCAACGAGAUCUUCAACGAGGAUGGCUCCCUUCGCCAGAGCCACUUCUACAACGUCAUCGGUGAGGACUAUGUGCGCAUCGCUUUCGAGACCGCUCGCGCGGUGGAUCCCAACGCAAAGCUUUACAUCAACGACUAUAACCUGGAUUCUGCCUCGUACCCGAAAUUGACCGGCCUAGUCAACCACGUCAAGAAGUGGGUCGCAGCUGGCGUCCCCAUCGAUGGAAUCGGUUCCCAAACCCACUUGAGCGCUGGUGCCGGCGCUGCCUCCUUUACAGCUCUCAAUGCUCUCGCCGGUGCAGGCACCAAGGAGGUCGCUAUUACCGAGCUCGACAUCGCUGGCGCUAGCUCCACCGACUACGUGAACGUCGUCAAGGCGUGUCUGAACCAGCCCAAGUGUGUCGGUAUCACCGUGUGGGGAGUCGCUGACCCCGACUCGUGGCGCUCCAGCUCCAGCCCUCUGCUCUUCGACAGCAACUAUAACCCCAAGGCUGCUUAUACCGCUAUUGCGAACGCUCUCUAG